UGCCUUUGUUGGUGGUUAUUUGGUUUCACCAGUCACAAGUCUCAAAUUUGGCAGCAGUCACUCACAGAUGCUGUCACUAAAUGGCUAAACUUAACUUUAAAAAUGUGAAGCUAAAGGCUGUGAUACACAACCCAGUAAGUCCAAACUGAAUCAAGUCCAACUGCUAGCAAGCUAAAGACUCGCACAGGUUUUCAGGAGGUGGUGGAGAGAAAGCAAAAGCUAAAAGGUGGCUCAUUUAAAGGAGUGGUUGACUACUCAAACGAAGUUGCACACUAAACCACGAGUUUGACAACCAGCUGAGACAAGGCAGGACAACCUCUCCCCGACAGUCAUGUUCCUGUACCUCUUGGGGCUGGUGGUGCUCUACUACCUGUACCGCUGGGUGAUGGAGCUGCCCAGGGUCUCUGACAAGGGCAGCAAGUAUGUGUACAUCACCGGCUGCGACAGUGGCUUUGGUAACCUCCUGGCCCGGCAUCUGGACAAGCAGGGCUUCAGAGUCAUCGCUGCUUGUUUCACCGAGAAAGGAGAGGAGGAUCUGAGGAAGUCCUGCUCCAGCAACCUGAUCACGACACAUCUGGAUGUUAGGUCAAAAGAAAGCGUCACCAAAGUUGCAGAGAUGAUCAAGGACAAAGUCGGGGAGCGAGGCUUAUGGGCUGUAGUGAACAACGCAGGUGUGGCCGUCCCCUCCGCCCCGUGCGAUUGGCUUACCAUUGAUGACUACAAGUCCAUGCUGGACGUGAACCUGAACGGGGUAAUCAGCGUGACCCUGAGCGUCCUGCCGCUGAUAAAGAAGGCCAGGGGAAGGGUGGUGAACGUAGCCAGUGUGUUUGGGAGGAUCAGUGUUACGGGAGGCCCAUACACCAUUUCCAAGUAUGGUGUGGAGGCUUUCAAUGACAGUCUCAGGUUAGGUAUGGCGCCUUUUGGUGUCAAAGUCCUCUGCAUUGAGCCAGGGUUCUUCAAAACAAACGUGACCGACGUUGCUAUCCUGAGCAAAAAUGUGAAGAUGCUGUGGGACAGAUUGCCCCAGGAGGUCAGAGACGACUAUGGACAGGAGUAUCUACAAAAGUCGCUUGAUAUAAUAUCAAACAAAGUUGCCAAGAUAAGUGAUGCAGAUCUGAUGAAGGUGGUCAGCUGUAUGGAGCACGCUGUAUCUGCUGUCCGGACCCGCACCCGCUACUCCCCAGGCUGGGACGCCAAGCUAUUCUGGCUGCCGCUGUCGUACAUGCCAACCUGUUUUACUGAUUACAUCAUGAGGAAAGAAGGCAUUCCUAUCGCCAGGUCGAUGCAAUAAAGUGUACUUAUUUUCAUCUGUGUGCAGAUUUCAUUUUCCUCUUAACUAAACAACUUUACAAGUA